AUGCUUUUCUUUUCCCGGUGCCUGCGCAACUUCCAGCAGAAGGAUCCGUACAGUAUUCUCGGCGUGCCCCGGUCGGCAACCACCGAGGAGUUGAGGAAGAAGUAUCUCGAGUUCGCGAAAAAGUACCACCCCGACCGGAACAAGGACAACCCCGAAGCGGUGCACAAAUUCAAGGAAAUCCAGGAAGCCUACGAAUCCAUCAAGGACGGGAGCUAUGAGGAAAGUCAGCGAAGGCAGCCGCCGCCGGGGGCGGACUACUACACGUGGCAAGAGUACCAGCGGCGAAACCAGAGCGGCCCGGCGGACUCCUCCGCGGAAUACGCGCGGAGACGUGCGUACGGUGCGGGGAAUUACCCCAACGACCCUCGGAACAAUCCAAAUAACCCGGGCGGCACCCACGCGGACUGGCGGGUGCGGAUGCAGAUGGAGCAGCAAAGGAGGUUGCAGGAGGAAAUGUGGCGCAGGCAGCGCAUGAACAACAUGUGGGGCCGGAGCUGGUUUAACCGGGGAGGCUCUCAGUUUAACAGCCCGGGAGCAGGUGGAUACGGAACGCAGGACGAAUUCAACAACCAGCAAAACCCGCAGGAAAUGCCGACGGACCCGCGGGUCGUUGACCGCAUGUUUGUGUUGUGGCCCGUCGCGUUCUAUCAAAUGUAAGAAUGUCUGGGUCUGGAAGGGUCAUGCUGUUUUUGCAUGACGCAGAAGGUCUGGCAUGGAAGCUCUAGCAUCGCAGGUUUCGAGAAGCUUCCGCAAUGCCGAAUCCGCAUGAGAAAUCCCCACUUUGGUGACAGAAAGUGGGCAGCAUUUGCUACCUAUGCAUGGGAGAUUUUUCUGUGUUCUGAAAUGCGCAUCGCAAGUUUGUCUUCUUCCAGACAUCCAGGGAUAUUUGCAAUACAUACGUUCAUCAUCCUGCUCCUCCUCCGUGGCACCCCCGGCCAGAAGAUUUUCAUCGACAUAUCAAAUGUAAAGAAGAAACGUCCCCCGACUCAGCCGUUAUUAAGUUGGAAGUCAGCAACACAAAUCCAGAAGUUUUUGUUUUAGAAGUCACGCAUGACAAUAGUGCAGUUUAAUAGCAUGCAAUGGCGGCCCCAUAAGCAAUCCAUCUCCUUAUCCUGUUUACAGCAUUACAAAUUCCAAAACGCGAUGGGAAAUGCCGGCCAUGAUGAUGAUCGGGAUGCGCAUUACAAAUGUUCCAGCAGCGGCAAAGCUGUAUCACGGGGGGGAAGGACGUUUUUGCUCAGGAUACGACGAAAAAGGCCGGGCGGUUUCCUUCGAUGGCUACGCAUAUCAAAUGUAAAUAUGUCAUCUACGUCUGGAAGACGAAAGCUAAGCAAACUUACCCGUGACGCAGAUGCAGCUCCGGCAUCUGCAAGGGGAUCUAAAAUGCACACAGAGCAUUGAAAGUUUUCUGCGAACAAGGAUCUUAUCGAUCCAUGACUAAAAAUCGUAAUCAGCGCGUUGAGAUCAAAUGCCCUCUCGUCCUGGUCCUGGAAACAAAAAUCGCACAGCUUCUGCUGGCUAAGCAACACAGAUUUUUGAUGAAUUUCCAGUAUCUAGUAACUGCAUCCCAGGUUUAUUGCAUUCUUCCAGACGCAAGCUGCAUGUUUGCAAUGCAUAACGCGCAACCCACAUUUCAUCCGGAACUGGAUGUGGAGCUCGCGCCGAAUGUGCAGGAAAAAUUGAGGAAGGAACAGAAAGCGCGGCUGGCAAACAUCGAGGAGGACAUGCUGAUGGCCGCAAAUAGUACCUCCUCACGGGGGCGGGCCGGGGCUUUCAUGCCUUCAACAUAUUCGCGAGGCAUUAUGGGUGCGCACUACGAUGAGACCCCGAGGCUGGGGAUGCAUUCGAAUCCCAGCAGCAAUCAGCCACUCAGUAGAACGAGGUCUGGCACUGAAAAUAAACACGGAAGCAAAAAUAAUAACAAAUCUUCACAGAGAACAUCUACAGAUGCGGAAUCGAGAACACAUUUUGACAUUGAAAUUGAGAAAAGAUCAUGAAUUUGGACAAGCAUGAGAAACCUGACGAAAUACAACCAACAGAAAGCUGCAACAU